GGAGAAAAAUCGUGAGUAGCGUUACAGGUAACACCCUGUAUACAUAUGUUCUUCUUAGAGCUUCCCUUGGAUAUGUAUAUUCCCCUACUCUUCAUUCUGUGAGUUCUACCAUUCCCCUUAGCCACCACUAGCACCGUCACUUCGUUCGAAGAGUACUGGCGAGAAAAGGAUCUCAUUUUACGAACAGCACUGGCUGCUAUCAGAAGUUUUUAAACAAAGACUGUGCGAGAAACGCGUCGUCAGGCGUACAUAGUGUGGCGUUGCCUCUCGUCCUUUUCUGGGCUUGUGAUAUAGUUUUUGCUUUUUUUGUGCCAUCUGAUCUUGUGGGUUGUUUGAUUAAUCGUUUUUUCAGUGCCAAUUUUUCUUUACAUCCAUUUUUUUAAGCAGAGUCGCGAGCACAGUCUCAAACCAAGAUAUUUUACAAGAGAUACACGCCAAGUUAGAUGAAAUAUGUUGUUCGUGGUUUAGAUUUGGAAACUUGAACAAUAGAGAAGGAGAGAAAAUGAUUCAAAUAUAUUCUUAUCAAACAGUGCUUGCAAUAUUAUUAUUUGCAACGACUAUCAUAUCAAGUGUUGCAGAUCCACAAUAUGCUAGGGAAAGGUUACCGAUCAGAGGUUCUCAGGUAAAAAGGAAACAUCCAUGCGAACAAAGUUCGUGCUAUCCUGCCACUGGAAAUUUAUUAAUUGGAAGAAAAAAUCGAUUGAAUGCAUCUUCGACUUGUGGUCUUAACGGGCCAGAAAGAUACUGUAUUGUUUCGCAUUUGAAGGACCGAAAAAAGUGCUUCUUCUGCGACGCUUCUUUACCAAAGCAGCAACAUAAUAUCGAAAAUAUUGUUACUGACAAAAACUGGUGGCAAGCGGAAAAUGGCGUAGAAAAUGUAACAAUACGUUUCGAUUUAGAAGCAGAGUUUCAUUUCACCCACAUCAUCAUUCGUUUUAAAACCUUCCGACCAGCAGCUAUGUUGAUUGAAAGAUCUUACGAUUUUGGAAAAACCUGGAAGGUAUAUCGAUACUUUGCCCAUAAUUGCGAACAAUACUUCCCGGGAGUAUCUACAGAGCAACCGCAAACACUAACCGAUGUCAUCUGUGAAACGAGAUAUUCUGGCGUGGCGCCAUCGACGGGUGGUGACGUUAUCUUCAGAGUUCUACCUCGAAAUCUUGAGAUCGACAAUCCGUAUUCAAAAGAAGUGCAAGAUCUUUUAAAAAUCACGAACCUUCGCAUAAAUAUGACCAGAUUACAUACUUUAGGAGAUGAUUUGUUGGACGAUCGCGCCGAAAUUCGGGAAAAAUACUACUAUGCGAUUCAAAAUAUGGUGAUCCGUGGUUCUUGUUCUUGCUAUGGUCAUGCUUCAAGAUGUUUACCUCUUCCUGGUGUCGCUGACGAGGAGAACAUGGUGCACGGUAGAUGCGAGUGCACACAUAACACCACAGGAUUGAAUUGCGAAAAAUGUCAAGAUUUUUAUAAUGAUUUACCAUGGAAGCCAGCCGUUGGAAAACAAACGAACGCAUGUAGACCAUGUAACUGUAAUAAUCAUUCCACCUCAUGUCACUUUGAUGAUCUUGUUUACGAACAAUCUGGACGCGUAUCUGGUGGCGUUUGCAAUAAUUGUCAACAUAAUACUGAAGGACGAAACUGCGAACUGUGUAAACUGUUCUAUUAUCACGACGUGACUAAGGAUAUAUCUCAUCCUGAAGCGUGUUUGCCUUGUGAUUGCGAUCUUAAUGGUUCCUUGGAUGACGGUAUAUGUGAUUCGAGAACUGACCCCCUUAGUGGAGGCGAAUCUGGUCGUUGUCGCUGUAAAGCAAAUGUGGAAGGUCGUCGUUGCGAUCGCUGCAAAAAUGGAUAUUGGAAUUUUGAUCCUGCAAAUCCCGAAGGAUGUCAAGCUUGCACAUGUAAUACUUUGGGUACCAUCGACAAUCGAGGCUGUAACAUGGUUACCGGUGAAUGUACUUGCAAACGCUACGUCACUGCUCGUGAUUGUAACCAAUGUCUUCCGGAAUAUUGGGGCCUUUCGGAAGAUCCGGAUGGUUGCAAACCUUGCGACUGUGAUCCUGGUGGUUCAUACGAGAAUUCCUGCGAUGUUAGAACUGGCCAGUGCCGUUGCAGACCUCAUAUUAGUGGCAGAACCUGUAAUCAACCUGAACAGAGUUAUUACACUGGAUCACUGGACUUCUUAAUUUAUGAAGGAGAAUUAGCCGGAGCUUCUGAUAAUUGUCAAGUGGUGAUUAGAGAACCUUAUCGCGACGGAAGAAACAGUACUUGGACCGGAACUGGAUUUAUGAAGGCAUUGGAGGGUUCAGUGUUGAAUUUCACGAUCGACGAUAUUCGUAAAACAUUGUGGUACGAUAUAAUUGUGCGUUAUGAACCUAUUCAACAAGGAGUCUGGGACAAUGUGCAAAUAAUCAUUGAAAGAGACGGGUCAGUAGAUCCAAAUGGUCCCUGUGCUGACUGGAGACCGGAGUACGAUCAGUUAUGGGCGCAGUUACCUCUACGAUCUAGGAGCAUCGUUGCGCAACCUUCCGUUUGCUUGGAAGCAGGAAAACGAUAUAAUUUAUUAUUGCAAUUCCGCAAAUUCAAUAGCCACGUGGAUACACCUUCAGCAUCCAUUUUAGUUGAUUCGUUUACUACUAAUGAGCACCGCCCUUUGUUUGACGCCACGCCGCUCAUAGCGGAUGCCACUGGCACGACGUCGCUUGGAGCGUAAAGAAGAACAAAUUGGACUUUUCGUGUUACUCAAAUUCAAUGAUGUUUGCACACAUUUAGUACAUACAUCUAUAAUAGUACUCCCUGUCUUUGUAACAAACGAAGAAUCUCCUGUUUACGAUGUCUUCCAAGAAUUAUAUUUGGUUGUUUCAAAACAAGCGCGAUAAAAUGUUAGGACACAUUUUAUGUUUAAGUCAGUAUUUGACGAAAAGUUGAUCGAUUCAUUUCGAACAACGUUGUGAGUAAUUACUGUGCAUUAGUCAUAAUUGUAUUAAAUAAUUCAUUACAGCAGUUAGUAACAAAACUUGUGUUGAUAAUCACAAAAAUGGGACAUGAAAAAAAAUUGAACGAAACAGAUAAAAAUGAUUUUAAAUUUAAAAAAGGCUCAAGUAUUUCGAAAAUUUCAAAAUUAGUAAAUAGAAAUCGAAAUGUUAUUCAUAAUUUGUUAAAAAAUCCUGAAGUUUAUGGCAAAAAGAAAGCGAGAGGUCAAUUUAAAAAAAUGGCAGCACAUCGUUGACAACACAUUAAUAUGCACAGGAAGCAGACAUAUCUAUAAAUGUGCAGAAUUUACAACGUCUUUUACAAAAAUUUAAAGAUAAAAUGCAAUUUGCUCUAAAACACUUAAGACAGAAGAAAAGGUUGAAAAGAGUUAUAUUCUCAAAUGAGAAAAGAUUGACAGACCUGAUUGCUAGUCGUAUUAUUUUAUUACCUCAGGAAAGAUCAACAAUAUCAAACGAGACGACGAAUGAAAGGAGAUAAACUUACUUGGGGUACAAUUGAGUACAAAGGGAAGACAUCCAUACAUUAUAGAUGGAAAAAUGAAAAGUAGAGAUUACGUCGUUCUAAUAAAUUAAGAAAUCAUGACACGUGCAGAACGCAUAAAUGGCGAUGAAUACAUAUUUCAAAACAACAAUGCAGCUGUACAUCCUGUUGAAACUGUCGUAACAUAUUUUGAUACAAAUAAUAUUCAGCUUUUAUGUUGACCAGCAAGAUCAUCUGUUUUAAAUAUUAUUGAGAGUAUAUGGGGUGAAUUGAUCCGUUAUAUACAUGUAUACCAUGGCACCAUGCCAAUGUAAUUCCCUGCAAGAAUUAAAAAUCACUAUACAUUGAAAUUCAAUUUCUAAAAAGUUUAUAAAAAAGUGAUACAAAAUCCUACCAAAAAGAUUAUUAGAAGUCAUAGAAAAAAGGAAAAUGUACAGGAAAUAUACACACAUUAUUAUUC